AUGUCUGCUGGCCCAGCAUGUUCGCCUCAAAGCCAUAGAAAAAUAUCGCAUCAUAUCUCAUUGCCCGUUAGCUUUUUCAGACAGAAAAGCACGUCCUCCUCUGUCUCAUCUAUCAAGCUUGGACCCCCUCCCUUCUUCCGAUCUCCGAGAAACCCGAGCGACCAUGAAGCCUCGUCUGUCUCGUCGCGCUCUUCCAUGCUUUCGUACUCACAACGCACCUCAAGCGUGUCGUCUGGACAAAGCUCGCCGUACAACAGACCCAGCGUGGUCACAAGCACAUCAAUUGACAGAAAAAGGUCAAAGAUAUCCUUUGAGGAGAACUGCUGCUUCUGUGAAGAGCCGCUCUUAAAUGUCUUUGAGGGCGAGACACUGCUGGACAUGUCAUGUGGCCACCAUUGUCAUUUUGAGUGCUAUUCUGAACUUUUCAGCUCUCCAAGCAGAGGAAAAACUACUGUACACUGUCCGAUCUGUGGCACUUCUAAUACUUGCAACGACGACGAAAUCAACGAUAGUAUAAUCAGGAGCAGACUUUUGUCAUCCAGCUCUUGCGAGUUCAAUCAGGACAUUUUUGCAUCGACGCCAGCUACCUUAAGAAACCAAAUAACACCUCUGGCCCCAUUCCCGAACCCACUAACCCCCGUCACUCCAGUUCUGCCCUCUUUCCCAGAAUUCUCGCAACCGUCGCCUAAGACACAGCCUCUCUUUUACGACUCGCCCAUUAUUAGCACAUUUCCUUCCACGAUUUCUACAACUCCUUCUUCGUCCGCUUUCCCUGCCGAGUCUUUAGCAGAGGCUAAAAUUGAGAUCAUACCUGAAUUCUCAAAGAUUGUUCUCGCCAAUGAGCAUGCAAUUCCUAAGUACUACGAUCUUUCCUGUGUCCUCAACAUAAAAUCUCUCGACUAUGAGCCUUCUUUGUCAGAGCUUCCUGAAGACCGUAAGAAAAAAGAAUGGGACAGGAAGCAGGAGAUCUCAAAGGCGGUGAUUCACAACUUUGAGUCGAGACUACGUCCAGGUUCGGAUCUAGAUGUUGCCAAGCUUGGGCAUCUCGUGCUAUUUGAUAUUUUUGUUAGUGUCUCAAUUGACGGCAACAGGUACCACCAUCCACAGGUGUACUUUUUUGACCGGCUGCUUCUGAUUCUCAAUGAGUCCGGAAAUGAGCUCAUUCAGAACAUCUCUAUCAUGGACAAGCUAUCCACUGUAUUUGAUGACGAAUCCAACCUGGAGAUCACCCUCAAUCUUGCCAGCUUGACUGUCCCUGAUGUUGAGUUGAAGAGCGAGAAUAAGCUUAUUCACGACAAGUGGCUGAAAAUGCUUUCGAGAGUUGUGAGAAAAGCACAACGGCAGCCCCAUGCAAAUCCUAACAAUCCAUUUGUUGCCGAGAAUCCUUUUGAAGAUCGGGAGUUUGGUCCAUGUAAUCUAUUUUCCAAAGACUCGCUAUCGUUGUCAAAGGAAGUGCCAUCAAUCCAAAUGUCCACCAACGCAUGGGGUCUGCUGGAACGAAACGAGAAAGUCAUCCCUGAAGAAGUGCUCAAGUUCAACAAGCUUGUUUCCAAAGGACUGGAUCUGCCAUUGGGAUUUGUCAAACGACAAGUUUCAAAACCAGACGCUGACCCUUUGAUUCUUAUUCUGGUCAUUCCGAUGGUCAACAACGGAAACAGUUGUCUGGACGAUACGGAGUAUACAUCUGAGAUGCGCCAAUUAAUUACCCAGACUCUCGAGAGUUUGCAGCCAGAAGACAAGCUUGGACUUGUUUUUCUAGGCAACAAGCGCCCUGACUCGCUUCUGGGCAACUACUACGGAUGUAUGUCACCCCAUUGGGAGGGAUGGGCGGAGGUAAUUUCCAAUAUUGAGUGCUAUACAUCGGUUACCGGAGAUGAAGUGCAGAACUCUGACUAUAGUAUGUGGCAAGAUGGCUUGAAGUAUGUUUCUCUUCUUGCAACCACGAGCUUUCCGAAAACAGGGUCACAUAUUCAUGAAAUCAUCUUCAUCCAUACCGAACGGGUUAAGACUGUCCACUACUUUGAGGAGAAUUCUACUGUCGAUCGUUUGUGGGGACGUUACAACAGAAAACCGCAAAAGAGUGUUAGCGAGAUGAUCACAGCGCUCUGCGACAAACAUUGCGCAACGUUCCAUUCUGUUUCGCUAUUUGAUGAGUACGCGUAUCAUCCCCAAGAGUUACUGGACCACUAUCAUGGAAUCAUGGGCUCCUCCAAAACACAUGUCAGACGAAGUGUGGAGCACCAUCUCGUCUUAGAUUUCGACAAUCUGCAGCUGCUCAUCAAAAAACUAAUCAGCCAGUUUCACAACGUUUCCAUAUCUCAAUUACGGACGCAGAUUGAGGUCUGCGAAGGCGUGCGCGUGAUGGAGAUUGAGAGAAACGGACGGCUGGAAACGGCAGAUCUUAGAAGCUUGUUCGAGGUUGCCAAUCUCAAUAACAUACCGAGCAGUUUUGCGAAGUCCACCAUGAUCAACGUGCGCAUUGAUCUGAGCUCCUUCACGGUGGAAGAGCUCAAACAGGGACUCAAGGUCGAUUUGCUGAGAACGAUCACCAGCGUUGACGUGCACUCGGGAAGAAAACAGUUCAAGGGCAUGGCCAGCAUCAGGAUGUCGCUAGAUACGGCAGUCUCUAAUGCAUCGACGAUGCCAUUGAACCUGCUGGUGACGAACGCGGGGCUCGAGAAGUCGCAGUUCAGUCUUCCGAUUGUUGCUCGUCUUUCUGCGGUGAAGGACGCCGUCUUCGUGAAGCGACAGAUCGAGCUGCUGAUCAACAGCGUUUUGCUGUCGGAGGUGUUUAGCAAGAAGACGUACUGCCACAGCUCGAAGGAGGAGAUCCGGACCGCGCUCAAGAACAUGAUGAACAAGGUCUGGGAGCUGGUCAAAUCCUGCAACAGCUCGAACACAAGCAACAUGCGCAACAUCGAGGAGUGGUCAGAGACGCUCAACGAUGAGGUCCAGCAGAUCAUCGACGGCUACUCCAUGAGAAACUACAACCUGAGCAACUACUGCUGUGUAGCCAAGUAUUUCGAAUUUAUCUGA